CUGUCGAAACGAAAACGAUUCCAUGCACAAAAAAUAUUGUAAAUUUAUUAAUUUCAUUCUUAUUUAACAACAUGUAAAUUGUUUUACAACGUUUAUCUUGUUUAUUGAAGGAUCCAAAAAACAAUUCCUUUGUGAUUUUCAAAUAUUUAUUACAUCAAGUAAUAAUAAUUUCCUAUUAUUGAGUUUACAAGUCUAUAGAUGAAUCCUCCGUGCUUUACAUCUUGAAGGCGACAAUUUAUUUUUGAAAGUCUACAACUGCAGGAUGAUUGGAUAAUCUACGAUAGACUUCUUUUCGGAAUUGUAGUUCAUCAAUUCUUCUGUUUAUUAUAUUUUUGCAUUACGUAUGGUAAUUUUUUUGAUCAGUACGUGAAAAAUUUACGAAAUGUCGUUGAACAAUGAAGAGGAUUAUUCCAGCAGUGAAAGUGAGCCAGAUUACGAUGAUUACAGUGACAACUAUGAGGAUUUUGAGAAUUACUAUAGUACAGAAUAUUACACACCUCUUUUCCUUGCCGUUCACAAUAGUGACUUGAAUCGUGUUAAUACUCUACUGAAUAAAAAAAAUUUAGAAAAACAUGUGCAUGACAAAAGAUUGUUGCAUGUGGCAGCAGCACGAGGUCAUCUACAGAUUGUCGAUUUGUUGAUAAAAAAUGGAGCAGAAAUUAAUGUCGUGGAUAUCAAGGGUAGAACACCUUUUUAUAUAGCUUUACUGCAAAAUAAAGUCGAAGUAGCCGAGUUUCUUUUGGAAAAUGGUGCACGUAUUGAUAUUCGAAGAGAGGACGGAAGAACAACACUUCAUGUCGCGAUAAAAACGCAGAACAUUCAAAUUGUCGAGAGAAUUUUGAAAAAGGGAACUAUGGUGAAUGUACUAGAUGAUAUGUCCCGCAUGAAACCAAUUGAUGUUGCUGCCAGUCUUAAGAAUAUCCAACUUGUGGAACUUCUUCUGAAGUACGGCGCCAAGAUGGAUGAUAGUGGUGAGUUUUGCGAAGAACAAAAAAAGGUCUAUAAAAGAAUGACAGCCCUUCAUUAUGCCGCUAAAUUUGGUAAUCUAGAAAUGGUCAAAUUAUUAAUGUCGAAUGGAUUUGACAAACUUGAUGUGAAAAAUUUUAAAGACAAAACACCCCUAGGUGUGGCAAUAAGCAAACAUCGUUUAGGUAUUGUGAAAUAUUUGUUUGAAAGUGGAUCAAAAAUAAAUGAGGAUCAUCCUCUCAUCGAUCUCUGUGAAACUGAUAAACAUAUAAAUGUCUUGAAAUUUCUACUUGAGCACGGUGUAAAACUUGUUACGGAUCAUACAAAAACUCCACUUUUUUACGCAUUAGACAUGCACGAAUUUAAACUUUGGAAGUACCUAUUAACUUGUUAUUCGAAAAUCGAUUCUGUAUUAUGCUCCAAAGAGACUGAACUUCAUUCCGCCGUGCGUGCUAACGACAUUGAAAAGGUACAAGAAAUUCUCAAAAAAAUGAAAGUAAAUUCUUUAUCUGGUGAAUCGGGACAAUUCGCAGUUUACAUCGCCGUUGAAAACGGAAACGAGGAAAUGCUAACGAUUCUCCUAGAAGCAGGCUGUUCAGUUGAAAGUUGUUUUAGGGACAAAUUAUCUCCUCUUCAUAUUGCAGCCACAUUCGAACACACACGUUUAGUCGAAAUUCUUCUGAAAUACGGAGCGUGGAUUAAUUCAGAAACAAGAGCACUCCAUCGCCCAUUGGAUUUCGCAGCAGCUUUGGGAAAUUUAAAUAUGAUUAAAUAUCUCGUAGACUCUGGUGCAAAUCUCAUUAGAAAAAUGGAAGAAAUUUCAUCAAUAAGAUAUUUAUUAGCCCAAAGUAAAGUUUCAAAAACAUUGACACCAUCAGUAUUUCAAAAUCUAUCAAAAAUGUCAGAAUUGUUAUCAAUUGCCGGAGAUCUCAAGCAUAAAAAUUACUUCCAUGUUUGUUCAUUGCUUAGAGAUGCCCUUAGAUUACCUGUUUUUGACGAGGACGAACAAACUUCGAUUGGUGACAAUAAAGAGAUUGUGAAUAGUGAGGAGAAAAAAGGUGAAUUUUGUCCUGAAAUUGCGAGAUGCUUCCUCAAUUACUUAGACAAUAAAUUACUCAAAGAAGUUCUAGAUUUUGAAUUAAGUCGCGGAAAGUAUUAUUCAGGAAUUUGUGAAAUUAUUAUCGAUUACUAUGAUUCUAAAUCCAUCUCAAAUCAUUGUAAUUUUAGUGGAUGUAAUUGGUCGGAUUUAUUUAUUGUGAAUGAAAUAGAGAAGCAUUACAAGCUUUUGAAUAUUAUACGUCAUAAUUUAUAUUCGAGUAAAUUAACAGACAAUGAUAAUCAACUUUUAAAGUUGGUAAUUGCACGUCUGGAACUGUUAAAACCCAGUUGCAAGAAAAUAAUUGAAUAUUUCGAUUCAAGUGAAUAUAAUAUAGAAAUUGACAAAGUUCAAAAUGAAUGUCGAGAGCAGAUAAUAAUUAUGGAAAAAACAAAAGUUAUCGAAGAAUUAAAUUUGACUUUUAACGAUAUUCUAGUAAAGUCUACUGACAAAAUUGCGAGUUGCAUAAGAGAUGUGAAGUUGUUAAAUAGCAAUGAAUUAACGUAUGAUAAAUUUCCCGCGUAUACAAAACUUUUAAAGUUGCGUAUUGAAAAAAUAAAGCGUAGAAUUGAGUUAAUUGACAUAUCCACGAAUUGUUUGUAUCAUUACAUUAAAAGGAAUUAUAAAAUUCAAUUUUCAACAAUUGAUCUACAAGAAAUAUUACAAUAUCUUUCAAUGUGCGAUCUUCGAAAGUUGUCAUCAGUAUUUUUUUAAUUUUCACACUAUAAGAAAAAGUGAUAAAUAAUAAUCAACGAUGAAGAAAAACUUUAAAUAUCAUUAUAAUAUCUCAGGUACAGCUUCUGUAGAUUUUUAGUUUGAUUAGACUGAUCUAUUUUUAAAAAACACUUCUUGUUAUCAAUUUGUUGCAUCUACUGCAACAAUUUUUGUACUCUCCAUUAUAUUGUUGUAUUGUAAAUUUUAUUUUUGUACUUGCUGCUAUAUGUAAGAUAAAGUUAAGCACGCUUAAAUUAUUUAAUAUUUUAAUAUGGAAACAAAUAAUUUUGGCAAAAAAUUAAUGGCAAAAUUUCGUCGC